UCCCGAGAGCUAGUCUACCGUGAAACUUCCCCUCGAAAAUGUCCCAGUACGAUCCAGAGACGCGAACAUGGAGCGGUCCCCGGCAGCCUCCAAUCUUCAAUCCGGCCGCCAGUGUCGGCCAGGUGAUCGUCAACAUUCUGGAGCGAACACCGGACAAGAUCUUCGAGAUCAGCGCCGACACGGAAGUGUCGGUCACGCGCGAUGAGCUGCGCAGCAGGAUGAUCCGGGCAGCGUUGAAUCUGAGUUCAAAGUUCGGACUGGUGAAGGGUGACAUGGUGUGCAUGGUCGCCGACAACAGUCCCUGCGUGACACCGGUUUUGUUCGGAUGCUUUCUGGUUGGAGCUCCGGUUCACACUCUUGACGCGUCGUUUGAAGAGAGUGACCUGGUCCACUUGAUGGGUAUCACUAGGCCGAAGUUGGUGUUCUGCAAUGCUCACAAUGUGAAGAGGGUGGAAAGCUCGCUGAAAAUAGCUUCGCUUGAGGCUCGGAUUAUCCUGUUGAAUGACCCAUCUACCGAGGUACUCUUCGCUCCGGUUGACAACGAAGCCUCCUACCGACCGCCGUUCCUGGGAGAUUCGGACAAGACCGUGGCACUGAUUGUUUGCUCUUCCGGAACCACCAGCUUCCCGAAGGCCAUCUGCCUGACCCACGCCCAGCUGAUCGCUCCGUACCCGCGGGUGAGCAACCUGCUCGGCGAAACGGCGCUCAGCUUCAGCUCGCUGUACUGGAUCUCGGCCGUCCAGAUGCUGAUGACGGUCCUGUUCAACGGUGGCACCCGAAUCACAACCACGAAGCCGUUCAGCCCGGAAUACGCCUGCGAGCUGAUCAACAAGUACCGAGUGAUGCACGUCUUCACCCCACCGUCGAUGCUUGCGGACAUGCUGCACUACUGCGAAGCCCGGCGGCUGCGGCUACCCUCGUUGCGGAUCGUGGGCUGCGGCGGGAGUCCCCUGCCGGAAACGCUUCGAACGCGCGCAAACGCUCUGUUGGCGCCCCAAGGGCGCGUGUUUGUCGGUUACGGGAUGAGCGAAGUCGGGGCCAUCGUAAGCGUAGAUCUGUUGGGGAUCCCCAACUCGGCUGGGCUGCUGAUGGCCAACGUGAGCGCCAGGAUUGCCAACGACCAGGGUAAACUACUUGGCCCGCACGAAGAGGGAGAGAUCCAGCUGCGGUACGUCCACCCGUUCGCCGGAUAUUACGGCAACGAGCGGGAAACCUGCGCGCUCCUCACCUCCGACGGGUUCAUCCAGUCCGGCGACAUUGGUUACAUGGACGCGAGGGGAUUCCUGUUCGUGACCGAUCGCAAGAAGGAGAUGCUGCGCUACCGGGGCUACCAGAUUGCGCCCGCUCAGCUGGAGGGCAUUCUGGCGGAACAUCCGGCUGUUUUGCAGGCGACGGUCGUUGGGCUGCCGGAUCCGGAACCACCGCACGUGGAUCUGGCAACGGCGCUGGUGGUGACGCAAAGUGGAACGGAGGUUACGGAGGAUCAGAUUUUGAGUUUUGUGAACGGCAAGGUUCCGGACUACAAGCGUCUUCGUGGUGGGGUGUUCUUUGUGGACUCGAUACCACGGACUGCCAACGGGAAGGCGAGUCGACGGGAAUGUAGGAAGCUGGCACAAAAGUUGGCGGGGCUCAGGGAUUGAAUGU